AUGCCCAGAAUCCCGAACAUUUCGCCAGCGACGGGCGAACCCAUAACUUCGAAUUCCUACAUUCACACCACCGCAUGCAACUUCGUCGACAAUCAUGGUAGAACCCUCCUGCUGCGAGGGGUAAACCUAUCUGGUGCUUCCAAGGCCCCAGUCGGAAUGCCGUCCUACGUUUUGGAUGAUUUCUGGGAGUCGGGGGAGCGGGGAGACACCAGUUUCAUCGGCAGGCCCUUGAACAUAGAUGAUGGAUCCGCAGACGUUCAUCUGGCACGAUUGCGCGGUUGGGGCUUUAACUUGCUGCGUUUCCCUGUAACAUGGGAGGCCUUAGAGCAUGCUGGUCCUGGGGAGCACGACCACGAAUUCAUGGACUAUGUCGUGCGCGUAAUACGCAAAUGUAAAGACUACGGCUUCAAAGUGUACAUGGACCCUCACCAAGACACUUGGUCGCGGUACUCAGGUGGUUCGGGUGCACCUUUCUGGACACUCGCCGCGUGCGGGUUGGAUCCACGCAACUUCACCGCGACACAAGCUGCCGUCAUUCACUCCGAAUACCCCCUUGCUCAUGUUGCCGAUCCUGCAUCACUACCUGCCAUGAUAUGGUCAACGAACUACGGCCGCCUCGCUUCGCAGACCCUCUUCACCCUCUUCUUUGCUGGCCGCGACUUUGCCCCACGGUGUAUCAUCGACGGCAAGAACAUCCAAGACUAUCUGCAGGAGCACUAUAUCGAAUCCUUCGGUCGACUAGCGGAUUGUCUGAAGGAUGCUGGCGGAUUGCUGGAUGAGUGUGUGAUCGGGUGGGACAGCCUGAACGAACCAUUCGAAGGCCUGUGCGGAUGGCAAGACCUUAACGUUAACCCAGUCAAGCAAGGCUCUACGCUUAAGAAGGGUACAUACCCUACGCCUGCUCAGUCUAUGCGAUUAGGCAUGGGCCAAGAGCAAACGGUGGAGAACUGGACGUUCGGCGUUUUCGGGCCACAACGAAAUGGUACCGUGACCGUUGAUCCUAAAGGUCUAAAGAUUUGGGCGUCUCCGGAGACUGAGGUCGACGGUGUACAUCCGCGUUGGGGUUGGAGGCGAGAUCUCAGGUGGAGGCUUGGCACCUGUGUAUGGGCUCUUCACGGCGUAUGGGAUGUCGAGACUGGUUUCAUCAUGCGCCCAGAGUAUUUCAGAUAUAUCCCUGAUGCAGAACCUGGCGCAGAGGCAGAAUUUAUCGACGAUUACUGGAAGCCUCAUUGGAAAGCUUACACCGAACGCAUACGGAAAGCCCACCCCGAGUCUAUAAUGUUUGUUCAACCUCCGGUCUUCGCUCCACCGCCAAUAAUCGACGAAUCUGAACUUCAGGGGCGCUGCUGCCUUUCCACCCACUACUACGACGGACUGACGCUGAUCACCCGACAUUGGAACUGGUUUAAUGCGGACGCACUGGGUGUGUUACGAGGGAAGUACUCUUCCCCAUUGCAAGCCGUUAAGAUGGGCGAACGGAGUAUACGGAAGUCGCUUCAGGAACAGCUAGGCGUGCUCAAGUCCGAUGCGCUUGUGCUCAGCAAUGGUGUGCCGAAGUACCCCACGGUUAUAGGUGAAAUCGGAAUACCGUACGACAUGGACGACAAACGUUCGUAUGGAUGGACGGACGGGGGGAAAUAUGCGGGCGACUACAGUCGUCAAGAACGAGCGCUGGAUGCCAGUAUGAAUGCUUGCGAUGGGGUGAACGCCCUGAAUUAUACGAUAUGGACAUAUUGCCCGGACGGGACCCACGAUUGGGGGGACGGCUGGAAUAUGGAGGAUUUGAGUUUGUGGUGCCCGGAGGAUAUGCUGGUUCACCAAGACGAAGGGAACCAACAGCAGGAAGGAUCGAUGUUUGAGAUGUCGGAUAGCUCUCAGGCUAAAUUGUUGGCGGGAAAGAAUGCGGGAAGUCCGACGCAAGUCAGGAAAACUACGACUGCGGCAAGUUCAUCUCUAUCACUUGACACUCUUGGUCAAGUCCCUUCGGCUCUCCCGAUCGACGCUCAGGAAUCGAUGAGCAUUCACAAGCUAAGGGAGCGAACACCACGAGAACUCGCUGGGUGGAAUGAAAACCCUUACGACUUCUUGACCGACGGCGCCAGGGCAGUGCGUUCCUUCGCUCGACCGUGGCCCACAAAAGUCGUAGGCAUCCCUACGGACAUCCAAUUCAACAUUGCCAAAGCCGACUUCAGAAUGACACUACGUGUCGGCGCGGAGGACCGGGUUAGGGUUGGGCCGAACAAUGACGAAGGGGAUGAAGAAUUAGGAACGGAGAUAUAUAUCCCACUGGUGCACUAUGCUAGCGAGCAUGUGCUGAAAGGGAGCGUUACUGCGCCUCUGUCGAGGGGUGGUAAAGAUUCCGAUUUAGAAUCGAUCGUCUCUGAAAGUGGUUUAAGCACCCAGCUCAGCCACUCUACUUCGCCCACGGCGACGGUGAAGGACGUUCCUACCAGUGAUAUUGGGAGCAGUUCGAGUACCAUCAGUCCCUUGCACGAACCUCGAGAAAUGCUCCUCCUGCAAUCGGACAACCUCAUCGACGUAGAAGUCAAGGUCAGCAGCGGAAGGUUUGUCAUCCAUGGUCAGACCUUGACAUGGUGGUAUGAUGUCCCCGGAGUAGGAGAGAGUGAGAGGCAAGAGUGGAUCGAAGUGAAACGGCAUGGUGGUGUCCUCAAGUCGAGCGAAACGAGCGGCUCAGUAUGUGAAGGAACAUGGUUAGAGGGGCUGUGUCCACCCUCAGAGAAUGGGUGUACCAUCAUGUAA